UCGAGUCACAGGUCGACUGAUAACCGAAGGGAAAAAAGGAUUGUCCAGUAAAUGUUGAGAUUUGCUGUACGCUGUGUAGUUUUACGGUGUCCAUCAGUCGUGAUGUCGUCAGCAAAAUACUCCGAUGUUGCAGAAAUGAGGACACCGUACAGGAGCAGCAAUGAUAUUUUUGAUGUCAACAAUCUCGUAUCCAAAAACCCAAUUAAGCAAUUUGAAGCCUGGUUCAACGAAGCCAAAGAUGUUCCACAUGUAGGAGAGGCUAAUGCAAUGGCACUUGCAACAGCCACCAAAAGUGGGAUCCCAUCGGUAAGGAUGGUAUUGAUGAAAGGCUACAGUGAAGAAGGUUUUACAUUCUACACAAACUAUGAAAGUCGUAAAGCUGGAGAACUGGAAGAAAAUCCAGUUUGCUCUCUCAUGUUCUACUGGGAUCCAUUGAAAAGAUCAGUGCGGGUCGAGGGAACAGUAGAAAAAGUAUCGGAAGAAGAAUCGUUAAAUUAUUUUGAACAGCGACCAAGACAAAGUCGACUUGGUGCCAUAGUUAGUCACCAGGGCACAAUACUGGAGAAUAGAGAAGUUAUCAACAAAAAGUAUGAGGAACUUCUGGAAGAAUAUAAAGAUCAAGAGAAAAACAUUCCAAAACCAAGUUACUGGGGAGGGUAUAUAGUUCGACCAACUAUCAUGGAGUUCUGGCAGGGACAGACAAACCGUCUCCACGACAGGAUCCGAUUCCGAAAGCUCAAAAACAAUGAGACAAUAGACUCUAAGUAUACUCAUCAGGGCGAAGACGAUUGGGUCUUCGAAAGGCUGGCACCUUAAUGGGUUCAAGUUUUAUAGCCAUAGUGCCAUGUCUAUUUUAUGUACCAAGCUUCUGUACAAAACCCCAUUUUGCAUUAAUUUAGUUGGCUGUGGAAAAAAUACAUUGUACUCUUAUUUGAGAUAUUAUUGCUUAAUUACCAUAAACUGAUUUUAAAUGCUAGAUGACUCAGUAAUUUACUGCUAGGGAUCAUGUAUGGAAUAGUAGAGAUUGCUUAAUGGUUAGUAUGUGAGGAGUCACUCUUGAUUCAGUAGGUCAGAAGUCACUCAAUGGUCAGGAUGCCAUAGGGAUUACUCAGUAAUCUAAUGUGGGGGAUUUUUUAAUCAUCACACAUUGGACAUUAAUUCUGCCUAUAUUAUAGAUGAAAUUUAACAAUAUUCCCAAUGGCAAGUCAUGCCCCCCCCCCCCCCCCCCCCAAUUUUUAUUUUUAAAUCCCAUCUUAAACAAGUUAUGUAUGAGUAACAUGAAUGUUCCUUUAAAGCAUGCCCCCAAUCAUAAGCUAUCUUUGUAUCAAGGUUUCCUUAUUGAAUAGUUUAGCUGCAGAUCUGUAGCUGGCAUGUAUGAAAAAACUGGGAGGGAUGACCAGAGAGCUACAGUGCCACUCAUAGAAAAAACUGUAUAUUUAUUGCACACAGAAAGUUGCGCUCUGUUCUGGAUUAAUUUCUCCAAAUUCUUACCUCAACUACACAAAAGUUCGAUUUCAAGAAAUUCCUUAGACAUCUAUCAGAUACUCUUGUUGUUGACAUCUGCACAAAUGCGUUCGACCGAAUUAUCUUGCCAUCCAAAAUGGCAGUAUAAAUAGGCAAAAUCUUUGAUGAUCUCAAUUUCAGCCCCAGGAGGGCUAUUAACGAUUGUUAUAGGAAAUGUUUUGUUGUUGAAAUAGUAAAACAUAUGUUAGAAAUACACAGUAAUAUUUUUAGAUGAUCAUGACAGUUUGAAAACAUGGAGAAUUAAAUAAACAAACAGCACACUUUUCUGUGCGCUAUUAAUAUACACUUUUUUUCAAUGGAUGGCACUGUAGAUCUCUAGUCUGUCAAUAUAAUUUUUUUGGAGGGCUACAGUUCUGCAGCUAUACAAAGUUAUGAACUAAACUUCAAUUUAUUCUCCAUAUCCCUAUGCCUUGAAGUAAUUAAAUCCCAAAUAGCAAGAAAAUGUCAUAAAAUUUCCCAGUGUCAUGGUCAUUGGCUAUCUUUCCAAAACAGUUUUUUAAAUGUCAUAUUAAUACCCUGUUUAGGGAUCUCUUAGGCAUGGUUAGGAUGUAAGGGAUCAGUAAGUGACCGGUAUGUUUGGGAUCACUCGGUGGUCAGUUUGUAGGAUCACUCUGUGGACAGUGUUAUUGAUAUCACUCAGUAGUCAGUUUGUUUUGGGAACACUAAGUGUUCAGUGUGUUUGAGAUCACUCUGUGGUCAUUGUGAAUGAUGUCACUCAGAGUUCAUUAUGUUUGGGAUCAUUUACUGAUCUGUGUGUGUUUUAGAUCACUCUGUGGUUAGUAUGAUUGGGAUCCCUCUGUAGUCAGUGUGUUUGGGAUCACUCAGUGGUCAGUUUGUUUGAGAUCACUUAGUGGCCAGUCUUUUUGGGAUCACCCUUAGGUCAGUGUGUUAGGGGUCACUUUGUGGUCAUUGCAUUAAAGAUUACUCUAAAGUUACUGGUAUUUUGUUAAGUUUAUGGAAAAUGUUCACUCAAAACUGGAAUGUCCAGAGUCACUUAUUGUGAAGAUGGUUGAACCAAGUGUUUGGAAUCAUUUGAUGAUUUGGUCAGUGUAGUAGGAGUUGAUGAUAAGAUUUUGUUUAAUUACAAAUGAUCACACAAUGUUCAGACAUGUCUUUUAUCCAAGUUAUAAUAGUGCUCAUGUAUAUUUUUUUAUUUUAGGAAUGAUACUGUAAAUGCUGUAUUGCUUUGUAUAUCAUUAUCAUAUACUCAGUAAAUCUGAAAAUUCUCCAAACUAAAUGCACAGUCUUUAUGUUUAAGUAUUUGCAUAUUGCAGUGCAAUGGAAUGUAAAAAUAAAUGUGUGUUGAUUUUAAAAGCUA